GACAGUGGAGCCGAAAUUAUUUUCCCUCUCGGACUGUGAGAGAGCGCGUAGAAUCGCAGCUACCCUCUCCUGGACGCGCGUCGGUCCAGAACCCGGUUAAUUCGGCAGUAAGCGCGCGUGUGUCCGUCCGGCUUCCAGCGAGAUCACCGACUUGCACAUGGUCAGUGGCAAUGGGACCAUAAAGGAACAAAUUCCAUAGCACAGAGAGAGAGAAAAAACUGACGGGUGAACAUCUCACAGAGAAGUGGACAUGGAGACGCGCAGAGGAGAUGUGAUAUAACAGACUGGACAAGAAGAAGCUUCUGGGAUUUAUUUCUCGACUUGAAAUAAUCAGUUUUAAGUGGUUAUAGCAUUUUUCCAAGUACAUUUCUUACUGUUACAUGCAAGCAUGAGCCGAAAAGAGAUGAUGUUCUGUUCUGGAUGCUGGAGUGCGCCGAUGGUCUCUGCCCUUCUGGUUGUCUUCUUGAUACCAUUGUUUGCCCAUGGAAACACUGUAGUGGGAAAUGAGACUGAGGCUGACAGUGCUCUUAAUGUGACCUCCUUGUCUACCGAGGGUGAGGAGGAGAAGCUGAAAGAAGUGUCCAGUGCCACAUACCUGACUCAAGGCAGUGAGCAGAAGGAAGAAGGCAGUGGCAUGCUGGAAGAGGUCAUUUCACCAACUCCUGGUACUAGUAAGAUGGCCACCACCAGCUUGCCAGGCCCAGAGAUCAGCCCUGACUCUGCUGAGACCGACCACUUGCUACCCCAUGACCCAGACAAUAAAUUUACAAAGGAUCAGAAACAUGAAGAGGAAAAAGUUACACCAGAUGUACCCACACAGCCACCUUGGCAGGCCAAAAGAGACAUGGAGACCACUGUGUUUGACCUGGACCAUGAAGAUCACGAAUCUCCCACAACCCCUCCCCCUACACCCCCACCUUCGCCUUCAGACGUAACUGUAGAUUUCUUCGACUCUGGUUCCAGUCACAAGAACCUAGAACCUCCAUCUCUGUCCCCCCAUGAGCUUCAGGGCGGUGACCCCACCUCCUGGGACAUGCCGGAAGACUACACAACGCCCUAUGAUGACAGCGUGUCUCCCACUACGGAAGAUUACCCCUACAGCAGCACUACUGACUCUUACGAUGAUGAUCUCACCACUACGCCUUCCUCCGAGCCAAUCCACCCACGUUUGUCCUUCAACCCUGAUAACACACAAACCAAAUGGUCCAAUGCAGUCGAGGAAUCACCUGUUCCCCCAGACGUGGGUGACUCUGUUUAUGGCUCAGACUGUCGGCAGGGCUUUGUCCGUAGCAAUGGCACCUGCAAGUCCCCAUGCAACCUUCAGCCCAGCUUCUGCUUCAACGGAGGCCAAUGCUACGUCCUGGAGGGAACUCAGAUGUUCUGCAGGUGCAACAUUCAGGAUUACAUGUGGCACAAGGGUGCCCGCUGUGAGUCGGUCAUCACGGAGUUCCAGGUGAUGUGCAUCGCCAUCGGAGCCACCGCCCUCAUGGUGCUACUACUCUUCAUGAUCAUCGUUUGCUUCGCCAAGAAGUUGCAUGUGCUCAAAACUGAGAAUCAAAAGUUGCGUAAGCGCAGCAGUAAGUACCGUCCUUCCUCGGAGCACCACAAUGAUAAUUUCUCGUUGUCCACCAUCGCUGAGGGCUCCCAUCCAAAUGUAAGGAAACUUUGCGACACCCCUCCUAACCUCCCUCAUGCCCGUGCUUUGGCUUACUAUGAUAACAUUAUAUGUCAGAAAACCAUGAGCAGAUACACCUGGGAGUGUAAGACCAAAGAGGAGCCCGACUGUGAGGAUGAUCCUAAUGCCCAGAACAAGCUGGAGGACCCCGUGAAGGCCCCCCCACCCAAAGAGGACGAGUCGCUGAACAUCCAGAACUCACUCACCCCUAAGCACGAGAACCAUAAGGUGCUGGGCGAGGAGAACUCCUCGGAGGGACGAAUGACUAUUGAUGUGGAGCUCCACCUUCCCAAACGUGCCAAAGUCUUACCCAAACCCAAUCCAUUAGUCCACUAUGACGUGUUCCUCUAUAAAGUAGCCAAAUCACAAGAAAGGGUAAAGCACAGGGUAAGGUGGGAGGACUGUGAAUACAGUGUCUAUGAGUCUCCAUUCUCCUGCUGUCCGGCCUACAGCCCCGUCAGCACACGCUCACUGCCUGCGAUCAUCAACAGGACUGGACCGUGCAAAGGCAUGCCAUGCACCCCAUCUGUGCCCUUUAAGAAAAGUUUCGGACAAGCCUGAGGGGUCACACCAACACAUAUGGUCACAUUAUACUCAUGGUGGUUAAUCAACACUGUAAAGUGAAGACUUUAAUACAGACUGGCUAAAUAAAAUGGUGCUCAGCAAACAAUAUGUAUUGUGGGAAACAUGUUAAAAUGCAUGCCAUUUAUGAAAUCUAUGUAAUUUACAGCUAUAUCAGCUGAAUCAAUUGUUACAGUGAUAUCAUAAAGGUGGCUCCUUACGUUGUCAAACUUACGUACAAACUUUGAAACCGUUUCUUCUUGUUUUUGUAAUGGAACAGGCAUGGUAAACAGGUUUGCAAUUGAGGAAAUGAGAUCCACAGAAUAAUCAGAAUAAUUUAAUUUUAUACAUUGACUGCCCCUAAAGCCCAGAGGUAGAGUGUGUGUUUCAACAGCAACGUGUGGUCAAAGAGGGGCCCUGAAACACCAAAAGCAACAGAGCCGUCUUGUGAACUGCAGGGAGCUCCAGGGCCCUUUUGUCCCACAUGGGAUUAAAUCAGCAUGGUCCAUUAGCUUCUUGGUGACACAAAGACACAGUUUGCUAGCGUAACACACACACCACAGAGAAGAAAAAACAUCUGAUAUUCUUAUUGCCUAUUUAAUUCAUAGUUUUAAAUGUUUGUUUGUUUUUUGGCAAAUACUGGCACUGUAACUGGCAAGUUAAUUAUGAUCCAUAUUACACAUGUAUAAGAGCAAGCUCACAGAAAGAAAAAAAAUAGGAAAGACUUCCCUUUUUGGAUUUUAAAUUUUUUAAUUUGAUUUUUUUAAUGACAUAGAUGCAACAUGUCAAAUAGAUUUUAGUGCAAAUGAACGGGGUGGUCUCUCCUGCCAUCUAGUGAUUGCUUGCAUUGUUUCAGCACACCAAAGCAGGCCUGUUUGAUUAAUUACAUUUUUUCAGAAUCAACACAGAUUCCAAUUCCUGGUUUGGGAAUCGACAGAUAUGACAAAACAUAAAAUUCCUUUAUCAUAUAUUUAAGAUGAUUUUUUAAACUGACAUUUUGUUAUUUAUGUAUUGAUAAAACACCAACUGUGUGAAUAUUUGACAUCAGAUUCCAUUUGAUCUUUUAGUUUUUUCUUUUUUCAUACAAACCUUUGAACAAAGACAAAACUUACAUUUUAUUUAAUGCAUUUGUUAGACACGUUCAUCCAAAUUGACUUACAGUACUUUCAAUCUAUGCAUCAGUAUGCACUCGCAUGGGAAUCAAAUCAUGACCUUGGUGUUACUCUAUUAUUCUCUACCUGUUGAGCUACAGGAUCUUUUGCAAUGCCAUUAUUUUAAUGUUUAUUGAAAAGUCUGGACUUUUUCCUGUCCUAUUUGUGUGGGAGUGACAUGAUGGGAACACAGUUUUGAAACCUGCACAGGUCCUAAGGCAUAGUAAGGCAUCAAGGCAAAUAUCUGUCUGAU